AUGGUGCUCACAGGUGCCAUGGAAAGAAGAAUAAAAUUAAAAACUCUCAAUAGCCACAUUACCUGUAAAAUAUGCCGUGGUUAUUUAAUUGACGCAACAACGGUCACUGAGUGCCUGCAUACAUUUUGUAAAAGUUGUUUAGUUAAGCACUUGGAGGAGAAACAUACAUGUCCGACAUGCCAAAUAGUUAUUCAUCAGUCCCAUCCGUUACAAUACAUAAGUUUUGACAGGACUAUGCAAGAUAUUGUUUAUAAGCUCGUUCCUGAUCUUCAAGAAAAUGAAAUAAAAAGAGAACGUGAAUUUUAUCGCGCUCGUGGAUUACCAUGUCCAAAAGACGUGUUACCAAACGCCGGUGAUGUUGAAGAUGAAAAAGCGUCGGCAGAUGCUCAUGCUGAAGCUGAUUAUCAUCGUGCUGAUGAACAAGUCAACGUAUGUUUGGAGUGUGUUAACACUAAUCUGAAAACUCUAAAGCGACGUUUCAUAAGAUGCUCAGCUCAAGCUACAAUAACACAUUUAAAGAAAUUUAUUGCCAAAAAAGUGUUGAAUGGAAUGGAAAAGUACCGUGACAUUGAUAUUCUGUGUAAUGAUGAAUUGUUAGGUAAAGACCACACAUUAAAGUUUGUCUACGUGACACGAUGGAGGUUUCGGGACCCACCAUUACGAUUACAAUACCGACCAAGAAUAGACAUUUAA